AUGGCAGAACUACCAUCGCUAGUGCGUGUCAAGCGCAAGCGCGGUGAAGAGCCAACAGCCGACUUAUUUCUCGAAGAGCGGACCCUGAAGAGGCAGCAGGUGUGGCAGUUCCGUCUGCAGCAGGCACACCCCUCGCAGCUGCCAUCUGACGCGGCAAACGGCGGUGUGGCCGGACCUUCCGCUCCGUCUCAGACAGUAGACCAUAUUCAGCAACAGCAGCAGCAACAACAACAACAACAACAACAGCAGCAAGACGCUCUGGUCCGCCGCGAGUUCCGCCUUGCCCGCCCGACACGCCCCCUCCACAGGCGCAUUGAGUCCGUCAGAAAGCGCAAGGCCCAAUUGGAUGCUCAGGAUAUUCCCACCUUCGUCGAGGCCACUCCCAAGCGACGUCGUGUCGGCCAAGAAGAUGCUCCCCAAUCAAUCCAAGACACCCCCGUGUCCACACCCUCUACGCUCAAGAGGCCCGGCGCAAGCUCCAGGCUGAAGAAACCCACUGCCGAAGCCCUUUUCCAGAGUCCCGCCAAUCCUCCCCCGGACCGUCUGGCCGACGCUCUACAUCGCUUCGCUCUCGAAGAAGAGGCUCGGGAAGAGGCCCGUACAAAGCCGAAGGUCACCUCGCUCCCGAAGAAGCCCGUUCAAAGAUACCGCGACCGCCAUCCAGACCAGUUUGUCGCUCAGCCGCAACCCAGUCAGCACAAGCCCGACGAAGAUGUUGAUAUGAUGAGCGAUGAUGAUGAUUAUGUCUACGAUACAUAUGUCCGCACAAAAGACCCUGUAGUCCCUGCCAGUCUCGAGUCCGACGACCCCUCCAACAUCCAAAUCGGCUACAUUGUCAUCUCCGAAGAAGAUCAACCUCUGUGGGAGACGUAUUUCGAAGAAGAGGCUGAAAGCGACAAAGAGUUCGAGACUGAUGACGAGGACGAAAAUGCCGAAGGGUACUAUGCCGCCGACUAUCCUGAGGACGAGGUCGCAUCCGACGACGAGUAUGGUCGAGGCGCCUAUGGCUACCGUCGUGGAGGCUCAGACGACGAGCAGUGGGAUUCUGACCCUGAUGAGUGGAGCGAUGGCGAUGAAGUCAUGCAGAACCCCUGGAAGAAAUUCCCUUGGAUGCGCUCUGCUCAGGGCCCUGCCGAUGCCGAUCAAGAUGAAGAGGAGCUAUGA